CACCAAUGGGUUAUCUCUUUUAAUAUAGUUUUCUAUGCCUUUUGCCUUGAAUGAAUGUACUUCUUUGGGUGUUCCAUACCUUCUGUCAAACCGAUCUUUCCAUAUUCUUCACAGCUUUAUCAAUUCACUGUUAAUUUUGUUAACAAUUCUACGAACCCUUUCCGUUCAAUCCUACUACAAAAAGAUACCAAAGAAUCAAAUCCAAAAUCCCAAAACCCCAUUCGUCAAGCAAAGCUACAAUAGAACUUCGCUUUCAAUCUAUACCAAACCUAUCCUUUCAUUUUCCAUAACCCAAUUUCCCCUCUCUCUUUUUUUUCUUCUUCUUCUUCUUCUUCUUUGAUUCAAGAGAGAGAAAACGACUUCUGUUUCUCUUUCGAACCAGUCGAGAUCCGAUCCUUAUUGGGUUUUUAAUUUUUUGGACUCUUUUAUUUGUCUAUGGCGUUUGGACUAUUAUAGAGAGAGAAAUUGAGAGACCCUUUGAAGUAGAUAGAGUGAGAGAGGAGUUUAUAGGGCAAAAGGCGGCGAGAUCUCAAUACCCAUUUCAUUUGUUGUGAGUAACUUUUGUUUUGGGUCUUUUAUCGAACAGAUGGUAGGCAUUUUUUCAAGAUUUUCUUCUAGCAGAACAGGGCAUCGACGAGCGCAAAGUGCCCUUGAUGGGAGAGAAGGACUGCCUCCAAAUCCAGAGAGCACUGGUGUUAGUGCUACUUCUGCUACUGCUUCUCAUGGAAUUGAAGUAGCAGUGGAGUUCAAGCCUGUUGAGCAUCCAAUUGAGCCUCUGGACAACGAUCAGCCAAUUCAGUGCCCAUUGCCUGAACCUUCUAUUCUGAAUGAUGGAAGAAUAUGGAAGGAACGUGUAUCAAGUAUGCGAAAACUGCCAGAUUUACCCGUCAUGAAAGAAGCUGAAGUCGGCGAGACAAGACCACGACCAACACGCACAAUCUUACCAUCUAUCAGUGCUCCUGAACAUAACAUCCUAAACCUACUUGAGGAAUCCGGGAUAUAGCACAACUAAUUACUCUUCUCAUCUGGAAUUUAGAGUUCCCUAUACAAUAUUUUUUAAAGUUUUCAUCCCCUCCCCCUAAAAUUUUUACCUUUAUUGUUAUUUCAUGUACAAUGUCAUGUCACGGGUUCAGUGUUUACAUAAUAUAUCAGAAAUUUAGUGUUCAAAUCUUCAA